CGGGACCUGCUUGACAUCAGUCCUCUGGUACAAGAUGCAGCGGCCGCAAUUGUGGAUGACUCAUUUCUGCGCUGCUUCCAGUCCCAGUCGACUGACCCCUGGAACUGGAACAUCUACUUGUUCCCCUUGUGGGCUGUGGGCAUGGUUGUCCGCUACCUAAUACUCUUUCCUUUGAGGCUGAUCGUACUGCUGGGCGGCUUCAUCAUCUUCUUCAUUUUGUUCUUCGCUGUCCAUGCAAUCUUCAAGUCGGACCAUGCGCGGCGGUCGCGCUGGGAGCAGUCGCUGGUGCAGUUCCAGUGCCAGAUGUUUGUGGCCUCCUGGACAGGAGUGGUGCGCUAUCACGGGCCGCGCCCGGUCAACCGCCCCAACCAUGUGUGGGUGUGCAACCACACGUCCAUGAUCGACUACAUCAUCCUGUGCGCCUACUCGCCCUUCGCCGUCAUCAUGCAGCUGCACCCCGGCUGGGUCGGCUUCCUGCAGACCCAGGUCCUCAACUGCCUCGGCUGCCUCUGGCGUCAACAUUGCUGCAAAGCUCAGGUGAAGGAUCGGCUGAUAGUGGCGGAGCGCAUGAAGGCGCACGUGCAGGCGGCCGACACGACGCCGCUGCUGAUAUUCCCGGAGGGCACCUGCGUGAACAAUGAGUACUGCGUCAUGUUCAAGCGCGGCGCCUUUGACCUGGGCGCCACCGUGUGCCCCAUCGCCAUCAAGUACAACAAGAUCUUCGUCGACGCCUUCUGGAACUCCAAGCGCCAGUCCUUCACCGCCCACCUGGGGAAGCUGAUGACGAGCUGGGCGGUGGUGUGCGACGUGUAUUUCCUGGAGCCGCAGACGAAGCUGCCGGAGGAGAACGCGCAGCAGUUUGCGGAGCGCGUGCAGAAGAUGAUUGCCGAGCGCGCCAAGCUGCAGGUGGCGCCCUGGGACGGCUACCUCAAGUACUAC